AUGACCAGUUCCACUUUGACUGUUAAUAAUUCAGACAUUAUAGGCACCCAGGACCUCUUGCCCCCUUCUCAACCGUCUAGAAGAAGAUCAUUGUCUAUGCUGAAGUUGUUUUCUUUUGGGUUCAAUAAAGAGCCAACUACUGUGGCAACUCCAAAUAAUGAUUCAUCAACUAUGAUUAACUUGAAGCCUUUAAAUGACGAUAAUAUCAAGAGUCCAUCUAGUCCAAGCUUUGUCAAUCUUAACACUAGGGACCAGGAAUCGUCUAUCAACCAUGAUGCUGAUGACUCAAAAUCAAUUAGACUUCUUGAUAUUUUGCAGGACUCAAGUCCCAAUCUAGCAGUCGCUUCUCCAACCAUGCUUUUAAACGAUCAAAAGGUAUCCUUCAAUUCUUCAAAAAGCAAUGGCAAUGGAUCAAGCAAGUAUCAUGAUAUUCUGUUCGAAUCUUCCGAGGUUAAUAUCUCAACAGGAGCAGUUAACCCAGAUCUUUCUGAGAACGACCAGGAUUUGCUGAAUAAUGAUAAGAGCACUAAGAGAUUGACUAAAAUAAAAAGUUUAUUUAAGUUCUCCAAUGGGUCGGAACUAGAUGAAUCAAGUCCUUCAAGGAGUUUACAUCUGUUAUCGGAUGCCGAUAUUCUUAAUGCCACAGACAAUCCAACCAAGCUGAAGCCUAAGAAAGAAUUGCUAACAACAAUUCGAGACCAUGCAGAUGAUAGUCUUAUCACGCAAAAUGAAAGCUAUAGUGACGGUGGCUCUUCAUUAGUUGCUGUAACAACGAAUGAUGCCCAUGAAGUCUCGUUCAGCUCACAAUUCCAUGUCGAAGAUCACUCUCAGCUUUCGAUUAUGAAACGUCUUCGCCGCAUGCGUUCACCUUCAUCACCAACCCCCGCUGCGGCUGGUGCCAUCGAUACCACCAACAAAUCAUCACAUAGAAAAGAAAGCAAAGGCUCAACUCUCUUGAAGUCUCCAACUCUUCCCAAUGAUAAUAACCGAAAUAGUCAGGGUACUGGUGAUAAUCUUAGCAUCAUAUCUUCGAAUCCGUAUUUUGCUCAUCAAGGACUACCACCUCAUUUAAUCGAUGACAAUCCAAAUGAUUAUAAUGAUGAUGCAACAGAUAAGAUUGUGGAGAAUUUCAAAAACGGUGGUAAAAGUCCAUUGUCAUUUGCGUUGAAGUUACUAUCAAACAAGAAACGCGAUUCUGUUUCUAUCGACACAACAAUAAAUGAUAAUGGUAAGAAAGAGACCCCUGUCGUAUCAAAAGCCCAAAAUUCUGACAAGGAUAGGCAAAAUUAUGGUGAAGGUGUUCCAAUCGUUGAUGACCAAGAAGAAAUAACACAACCAAAAGUUGACGAGUCCUUGGGGUUGAAAGCUCCUACAUAUGGUAAACUUAAGGACACUAGCAAAGAAGAUAUGUCUACCACAGAAACAAAAAAUGCUAAUAAUCACGGUGGAUCUCCAGCUAAUGAUAUCACUCCUCAAGCAAAGAAAAUGUUGAGACGUGUUGCCUCCGCUCCGUUGGGGUUGAAAGCACUUGUGGGUAAUAAUGAAGAAGGAUCCAUAAAUAACACACCAAAUAACAAAUUACAGCAGAGCGAUACCGAUGCAAAUAGCAGUAGUCCAGGUCUUUCUCCUUUGAGUUACAAGUUCAUCAAAUCAUUAUCUAAUGAACCAAAUGUGAUGAAGACCAAUGAACAUAUUGGGGAAUUGAAGGGUAGGCCUAGAAACAAAUCAUUUGGAAGAAUGUACUCCUCCAAUUCAAUUAAAGUUUCCGAUGUGCAAGUUGCUCCAUCGUCAUUUGAGAAAGUUAGAUUAUUAGGGAAGGGCGAUGUUGGUAAAGUUUACCUCGUUAGAGAAAAGAAAUCUAAUAAGUUAUAUGCUAUGAAGGUAUUAUCGAAGCAAGAAAUGAUUGAAAGAAAUAAAAUUAAACGCGUAUUAGCUGAGCAAGAGAUUUUGUCCACAUCAAAUCAUCCUUUUAUUGUUACAUUAUACCAUUCGUUCCAAUCCGAAGAUUACUUGUAUUUGUGUAUGGAAUACUGCAUGGGUGGUGAAUUUUUCAGAGCUUUGCAAACCAGGGCUUCUAAAUGCAUUGCUGAACAGGAUGCUAGAUUUUAUGCAGCAGAAGUUACCGCCGCAUUAGAAUAUUUGCACUUGAUGGGGUUCAUUUAUCGGGACUUGAAGCCUGAAAAUAUCUUGCUUCAUCAGUCCGGUCAUAUCAUGUUGUCUGAUUUUGACUUGUCAAAACAAAUCUCUUCUAGCAAGAAUCCCACAAUUGUAUUGAGUAAUAGAGGCAGAGGCAACAGUCAAGGAAACAUCCCAGUUUUGGAUACUAAAACCUGCAUUAAUGGGUUUAGAACAAAUUCUUUUGUCGGUACCGAAGAAUACAUUGCCCCAGAAGUUAUCCGAGGCCAUGGUCACACUGCCGCAGUCGAUUGGUGGACAUUGGGAAUUUUGUUAUAUGAAAUGUUAUUUGGGACUACGCCAUUCAAAGGCUCAAACAGAAAUAAGACAUUCACUCAUAUUUUGAAACAUGAUGUUACUUUCCCUGAUAGCAAUUCUGGUAAUGGUAAUGAUAACAAUAAUAAAUAUCAACAAAUUUCUUCAACAUGCAAAAACUUAAUUAGACAGUUGUUGAUCAAGGAUGAGAACAAGAGAUUGGGAUCUAAAUUGGGAGCUGGUGAUAUUAAGAACCAUCCAUUCUUCAAAAGUACUCAAUGGGCGUUGCUCCGUAAUCAACAACCACCACUAGUUCCUAUACUUUCAAAACUUGAGAAGAAUUCAAAUGGAGAAAUCGACGAAAGAAACUUGCAAAAUCUUGCUAGUGCCAGUAUAGAUAUUAACCAUAAAGAUGCAAAAGUGGCUACAACAGAUUCUGAUGAUAAAAACGACUGUGAUGCUGUAAAGGCUAAAGAUGAUCCAUUUGGAAACUUCAGCUCGAUGACAUUAGUUCAUGAUGGAAUGGAUGAUCCAGAUAAUAGCAUGUUAUAUGGAAGUGAGACGAGUUACGAUAAGGUGAAAUAUACCGUGACGAAGAGUAGAUCUAAUACAUAUUCCAGUGGGAAACACAAAGGGUUCUUUAAGGAGAAACAUAGUUUUAUCAGAGCUUGA